ACCGCCGACAAGACUACCGUUUUGAUUCCUUCCAUCUCUUCAUUGAAUUGACCGCACAUGAUCCGGUGAACGAUUUACAAGUAUUAAGAGAAGUCAAAUUAGAUUACUUGUAUUGCCAAGGGGUUCAAUAGUUCUAAGCAGAACAACAAAAGUAACAUUGUUGUUUUUCACUAGUCUCUAAACCAAAGUAAAAAAUGGACUGUGGAGUGACAGUAGUCACCAAUCCUACGGUGGCGGUGAGGCUGACCAGCACCCUGAGCUCGUUUGAGUCGAAUCGUAGAUUCAACAGGGGAAUCACCAUUGCAGAGUUCAAGAGUAAGUUGGAGAUGGUGGUUGGGACUCCUGCAGCUGGUAUGGAUCUCCAGCUCUUCAGCACCUCAGACAAGUUCCUGCAGAAGCUGGACAACAACGAGGCUCUGCUUGGCUCUUAUGCUGUGGACGAUGACUGCAGAAUACAUGUGAUUGAUCGGAGUGGAGCUCAGAUUGGAGAGUACAGUGACCUGUCCAAGGUGGAGAAGUUUGAGAUCACAGAUGACGCGUAUGAGAAGAGAACAGAUUCCGUGAGGUCGUUCAUGAAGAAGCAGAGAGUCGGACGUUUCAACGAGGAAGAGACUGCAAAGAAGGAGGCCGAGCUUGCCGCUCUCGAGGAGGAGGAGAAGGCGGCCGCUGCUGCCAUCACCGUCGGAAACCGCUGUCAAGUGAAGGUUGUUGGGCAACCCACUAAGAUUGGCACGGUUAUGUAUGUUGGUACGGCAGACUUCAAGCCAGGCCAUUGGGUUGGAGUGAAGUACGACGAGCCACUGGGGAAACACGAUGGAUGUGUGAACGGCAAACGCUACUUUGAGUGUGAGAACAAGUAUGGCGCCUUUGUCAAACCCCUGACGGUUACCACAGGAGACUUCCCAGAGGAGGACUAUGGACUGGAUGAGAUGUAGGACUAUGAUGAUGAUGAUGAUGUCAUAAUUUCAAGGGGCCCAUCUGAAAGGUUCCACUUUGGCCUCUGUCCAGCCACUAACCAGAAGCGAGGGACACCUGAGUGUCACUAUUUUAUAUUUGUUUGGUUUUGCACUGGUUCUGAUUGGAAAAGGUUUAAGGCAGCGCUGCGUUUUGCGUCAUCUCUAAAGCAUCACGUGGACUAAAAAUAGGAAACAGUCCAGCACACAUCUCUUCCAUUGUUUUGUAUAAAUAAAAUUGUAGAGAAAGCAAAACAUGGGGAGCCUUGACUGAGUGUAGAAAAGUUCUUGUAGCAUCUAUCGACAGCGUUUAUGAUAUAAUCUAUUCAAUGUUGCAUGUGACCUCGUCAUCAGGAAGUGUGAGGAAUGUCUUCACACUUCCACUGCACCCUGCACCCAUCUCCUCCCCUCAGUAACGUUUGUCUGUAAUUGGAGCAGGUAUCUCCCAAGAUGGCCGUAAAACACUAACUCUGUACCACAUCUGUUCAGAUAUUUAAGCGAUCAUUUCUAUAUAUUUUUUGUGUACAAAGAUGAUUGUAUAGAACAGUUUCAUAGGUCAUACUCAUAGGCUACAGGAUUUUUUUUUUAAACAAAUAUAAAGAACUAUGUUGCUAAGGGUAGUUCUAAUGGGAGAUGUUUGAUAUUGAUUCAUGUCAAACAGGUACAUGCAUCCAAUAUGCCUUGUUAUAACAUUGUCUUUGACUUUUAUUUAAAGAAUGACUUGUAUUUUGAGUGAAUAACCCUGUGGUUCCUCUUGUUCUUAUGAAGGAGAGGAUGAAGAAAGACAUUCUCAAUUAGUUUGCACUAACUUAGUGUUUUGUCUUGGUUCUUGACUUCUGGUUUUGUGCAUUUCUUCCCAAUUCUUACUACAACCAAAUGUUUCUUUUAUUGUAAAUAUAGAGGAAACUCCAUCCA